GAUGAUGAUGGGGAACCCGAGAUUGAAGAAGAAACAUGUUCAUGAUGUAGCCGCACUUUGUUGAUUCCCGGCGACAUUUGAGCGUGUCUAACACUAACAAGAAGAGGAUAUAUCACUGUUUCUCCAUUUUGAAGCUGGGUGACGAGGCUACAUGGUGUGUGUUUCCCCAGUGUGUGGAUGUGUGGAUGUCCUGAAAUGGAAAGCUAUGAGGAGUUCUGUUUGCGGAGUUUGGCCAUACUGCAGGAGGAGGGGAAAUUCAAGAAGACGACAUGUGAGCCACUGUGGUCACCGAAGGCUUUCUCUGUCAUCCACUUCCAUGGGAGGGCUGUGCUUUCGCCUCUGUUGAGUGCAGAGCAGUGCCGUGAGAUGUGUGACCACAGACGAAGAGCCGUUCAGCUGGAGGUGGACAGGCAGAACAAGCAGAGGAACAACCUCAUAGCCCGAGUUCAGGACAUACUGGACCAAGCUCAGGCACAAGUACCAAGUGAAGAUGUUGAAAAGCUGCCAGUUUCUAAAUCUUCCCCAGUCAGUGGCUACACCCUGGUCACUGACUCUCCUGGACUUCCCAGAGACCCUACAUUUGGGCUUCAAACAAGUGAUCAGCCAAGCUUUGAGACCCCUAUCCUCAAUGGCUACAAGACAGUAGAGGAAGUGAUGGUGGAAAUGGAACAGAAGAGUGAAGAGGAAGAGGAGGAGGAGGAGGAGGAGGAGGACAUUAGUUUGGACAGCCUUCUUAAGAGAUCAAGGGAGUAUGUGAAGAGAGAGCAGAGUCAGCAGGGGUCAAAAGUUGUCACCACAGUCACCAGAACUCCUCCGCCGGAGACUGUCUCUGACAAGGAGAACAGGAGCUGCAGUCCCAUGGGGAACACAAAUGUUGAGUUUGGAUUCAGUCUGCACCACAGCCCUAUUGGCCCACCACAGACCCAAAUCCAGCAUCAAACUCUGUACGACCCCAGUCCCCAACAGUAUGGCUGCCGCUCACCUACUCUACCUAACCGAUAUGCACGUCUCCCCUGUCCAGAGUCCAGCAUUAGUCCCCACGCACAGAGACGCAGACCACGCCCAGUUUCUACAGGAAACAUACAUAUUUCGUUUCCCAUUGGCGCAGCAGACCUUAUCCCCUGCAGCCCAGGGAGGUCAGGGGAAGGUGCUAGCAUGGCAGAAUGGGGAGGAGCUCUCUCAGGGGCCAUAAAGUCUCCUGAUCACCGGGGCUCACUGGGGAGUGAAAGUGGUGGUGGUGUUGGCAGUGGCAACAAUCGAUCGAGCCACUGUGGUACCAGUCCAGUGCAGGACGCCUGUAGCCCCGCUAGUGCCUCAGGGUUUAGCCCGAAAGGACACCAUGACUAUCUGGCUGCAGGAUUUCGCCGGCGGUGCCACACUCUGGACAGCCAGCUGCAGAGCUACCACUCUGGAGUUGAACACAUAGACCGCAGCCAGGAAAGGGUUCCUCGCUUCAUGGCAGGAGUUACAUGGAUGGCUUCAGGUUGGCGCACCCCUGCAGCCCCUUUUAACCAGUCAUAUGAGAUAGAUAAUCCCUCGCUAUCUCUGCUAAGGCCCUCUAUCACUUCUGACUUGGGUCAGGUCACACGCAGAAUGGAGCCUAAUGACCCUCAGGGGACAAACAAUGGAAGAAUCACACCAACUGUCCUUAGAAAUGCAGCCGAGACACAGGCCAGCAAGACAGAGGAGACCCAGAGGCGAGCAGAGGAUCUGGAGGACAUGCAAAGGCGUCUGGAGGAGGAGCAUGCCUUGCAGAUGACUCUCCUCCUGGCUGAGCAGGAAAAAGAACAACAGUGCCUCUGUCUGGAGCUCGAGGAGACAGAGAGAAAACUGAAGCAGAAGAGGUGUGUGCGGCCUUUGAGUGCGGAUGCUUGUGGGUGGAAUUGUAGAUCUGUGAGUGACAGCCGUCCUAUUGUGAGCCCCUCCUGCCCGGGACUAAGCCCUGCCCACACACCCUCUGAGCGAUCACCUGGACACAGUAUAGGUUUUCCCAGUCCUGUCAGUUCCAGUGUAUCCUCUCCCUCUGUGCAGCCUUCCGUCUAUCUGUGGGGGCCCACAUGGGCAGUUAGCAAACCUCGAGCGAGGUUAAGUCUGGUCCUGACAGCAGAGCAGCAGAGAGCGUUCUGUCGAAUCGGCGCCAUCAUUCGUGGCUUCCUCACUCGGAGACUGCUCAAAACAGAGAAGAUCAAACACCUGUGCCAGACCAUCAUGGAUACACAAGAGUUCAUCCGUUCAUUCCAGACUGAAGCUCCUCGGAAGAGAGGCUCCUGCUCAGCACAAGAUCGCUCCCUGCAGGAGAGAGUUAGAGCCCAGUUACGUGCAGCCCUUUACGACAUCCAUGACAUCUUCUUUGAAAUACCUCUGGGGGAUCGAUUAGCAUUGCUGCAGCAGGAAAGGGAGCUCCGAGCAGAGAGGAAGCUGCGAGAAAUGGAGAAAGCCAAGUGCCCCAAGGAUAGAGUGGUUCUGUCUGCUGCCACACAGAGGUCUCUGGACAGGAAAAAGAGGUUUGGUGAAUCCCCAGCACAAGCUAGGAAGAUGCAGCAGAAGCCAAAGAGCCCCACUACCAACAGAGUCCUGAAGCCAAGCCAAGGCCAAAAUUCUCCAGGCCAGCUGAACCGCCAGGGGAGCUGGUACAGAAAGACCCCAGAGGAGAGAGUGAGGCGCUCAGACAGCCUGAAGAAGCAGCACUCUCUGGGUUAACAGGUGACUCAACUUCCCCGACCUGUGAGCCUGAAUUUUUAGUCUCUGAAUAGAAACCUCACACCACUGAAACUCCUAUUUGCGCUGCUAAUAUGAUUGUCUAAUCUACCUUCUGAAAUUCAAUUGAUUGUAUUCACUACCACACUUUAGCUCAGUGCUAUACAUCAUCACGAUGCCAUUGUUUUUGACUGUUGUAGCUUGAAAUAGUUUUUAGUGGCAACAACUGAUUGUUAUCCACAAAACACACAUGUAGCUUGAUACUGUGUGUGGAGAAUUUAAUGACAAGGUGGGCACAUUUAACCUUUUAAAGAAAAAAAACAAAAACAAGUAUCUGUACUUAAAUGCAAGCUAGAGGAAGGUCAGUUAAAAGGAAAUAGGUCAACAUUUCCAUCUGUGCCUCAGAACUAUGCCUUUGCUAUCUGUAAUGUUUUAGUGUAUGUAUAUUUACCAGUAGUGUUCAUAAACAUCUAGUGCUUAUAGCUGUAAACAUCAGUUUCAUACUGAAAGUCACAUAAAGUAGUUUCCAUUAGAAAGAGUUUUUAAGUGAGUAUAAUUCAUUCAUUUGAAGUUUUUUUCAAGGGCUUGUACCUCUUUGUGCUUUGUUUCUUUAUUAAAUGGUGCUGAGUUUACUGUACUCUGAGAGAUUCCAGCGCAUCUCAACAUUUGGCUUUAAUCAAUGCCAAAUGUCCAAAAAAAUGUUUUAUUUGUUUACACACUGUUACAUUAAUGCAGCUUCACAGAACAGGAGACGCACAGCAGACACUGAAUAAAACACAGUUAAUGACCUUGUCAAAUGCAUGCUAAAUUCUCUGAAGUUUUCCCUUAUUGUCCACUGCUCAAGAAUAAGGGUCAGACUCUGAAUAAAAUAAUAUUUAUGUGCACAAAUAAUCUAACCUCAUGUUAAAAGAUUGGUACACCCACUUGUUCACUGCAAUACCACAUUGACUUGCUUGUCAGUAGUAUUCAGUUUGUUGAUGUUGUUUGCUGACAUUGCUAUACUCUCUUAAAAAAAAAUGUUUUUUUGUUU